CUAUCGUUGAAUCUGAAGGAUAGGAGCGAUUUAAUAUCACGCCCACCAGCGAAGAGCACGAGAGGGUAGGGUUUGCACAAGGGGUGAGCGCAAGCGAGAGAUCGGCGGUGCGCUCGUUCACACGAGCAAGACGCCUAUAUCCCCGCCAAGCCAGCGUGAGUGGGGGUGUUCGGAUAUGGCAGUCGACCAGUUCGCUGUUUGCCUUCCUGGGGCACGGGCCGGUCUUCAGGCUCGUUUGUACACCCAAAUAUUCAUCCAGGAAGAUCGUGUGUCGCGCCACCAGUCAUAGUUUUUUUUUCGUCCGUAGUUUCUUGAGUUGAGGGUGAGGUGUUCGCGGUGUCGCGCGGAUUUCCAUUUCCGCGUGCUGUAUCGGAGCUACGCUCCUAGGGAGCGGCAUGCUCAACAAUAUCACCGCCGGCGGUUCCGUACAUGGUAUCUCCGAACGGGCGCGUGGGGCGGGCGAGCGAGAGGCAUGUGUGGAGCACGAGGAAGCACGGUGGAAAGAAAAAAAAUGGAAGAAAACUGAAGCGGCUCGUCUUCUUUUUUCUGCUUCUUACCUUCCUUGCUGCUGCACGCUCGUAGGAGCGAAGGAUGCGCAAGAUCUGAAGCGGUACGAGAAGGAGCACGGUGUGCUGGGAGUGAAUUUGGGCUCCGGUCUGUCCGCGGGUGGUGGUCUCACGCUUCAUCAGGAAUUGAUCAUGACUAUGCCCGGCACAGGAAGUGCGGCGGGGAUCGGACAAAGCGAUGACAAGCCCGCGAAACAGAAGCGACAUCGAACGCGUUUCACACCGGCUCAACUCAACGAACUGGAAAGGUGUUUCACCAAAACUCACUACCCGGAUAUCUUCCUGAGAGAGGAAAUAGCUCUAAGGAUCGGCCUCACGGAAAGUCGCGUUCAGGUGUGGUUUCAAAACCGACGGGCGAAAUGGAAGAAGCGCAAGAAGACGACCAAUGUGUUUCGGUCUUCGGGAUCGCUGCUACCAUCACACGGCUUGCCUCCCUUCGGGCCGAUGAGCUCUGACUUGUGCAGCGGAAUGUUCCAUACUCCUGCGGACAGAUGGGGAAUGGGGACAGUUGUGUGCACCUGUUCCGCAGGUCUCGGACAAUUGCAGGGUGGCAUGGCGAUGGGUAGUUUUGGACAACUCGGUCAACAGAGCACAGGAAGUCUAGGUUCCAGUCUGAGUCUCGGCAACUCUGGACUCCCGAUUAAUAGUCCGUCGCAAUCCGUUUACCAUACCAAUUAUGGACUCAAUUCUAUCGGUGGUGUUCACGUGUCCGCGUCUCGAGGCUCGCCACCGGGUAGCUCCUCGGUGAGUGGUCAGGCCGGAAUGGGUUCCGGCCUGAACUGCGGCCAGGGCUCGCCGGGCACGACUUCCGGCAGCGGUGGCAGCGGCGGUGCCGGUGGUGGAGGCGGCGGCGUCUCCUGCGUCGGUGCCGACGUGAGCGCGAACGAGGCGUCCGACUGGAGAGGCGCCCACAGCAUCGCUGCGCUUAGAGCGCACCGCCGCGCUUCGGACACCUCGCAACAAUACAGUCCACAGCCGCCACCGCCGCCUCCAGGGCCGCCUCAUCAGUACAGCCACGAUUUGGAGUACAGUUCCGUUUAUUGAGGCGUCGUAUGCACGCCUUCUGAUAUUCAGUUCUACGGAGGAAAAACUGCCGGCCGGUAGGAAUUUACUGUAAUCCAUGGAACGAGUACUCCUCUCUGUUCUGUCAAGGGACCGUAAGAUCAACUGUGUUUCCGUCACUGAAUCUUUUGACAGAAGAGCGAGGCCACGGAAAAAGCGCAAUCGGAGAUAUUUAUCUAGUUGGUCGUAAAUUUAACGUCAAGACAGCGCGGCGAGGUCAAGAUCAGAGCGAUAUUUGAAUGAUUAUUCUCAAUUCGACUGGCGGAGGUCGAAAAUAAUUCGCUUAAAUUUGUUUUAAAUUUAAACGUAAAGCCAGCAAAUAUAGAAAAUGAUGAAAUUAGAACGAUUAGACUGAUGGAGGAGAAUAAUUGGCAAGGAGUCAUGAUAGCUUGAUAAUCACCGAAAUUUAACGCAACGUGUUGGAUUUCUAUAUUCUUGAGGUAUACAUAAAUUUGUCGUCUUGCCAGAAGAAACAGCUACAACGAUGACACGAAGACUCGAUGAAAGGAGUACUCUUCUAUAAAUUAGAGUGAUGGUAAAAUCAGGGUAGAGGAUCGAAAUUGCUGGCAGUAUCGACAGCGACAAUUUGCGCAAUACAGAUUCUCAUUAUCAUAGCCUUCCUAGGACCAUCGCGGCAUAUAGAACAUAAACUACAGUUUCUGCAAAUGUAUCUUGCUAAUACUGCGCUAACCAUCGACUCGAUGCCAUGAAUGUAAGAAAGAGUGAUUGAUUGAUGUAGCAUGGAAGUUGUUGCAAUAAUUAACAUCGUUUGUUUCUUGUAAUUGGGAAAUGUAACGGGUAAACAUUUCUGGCAAGUAGUAUCUAGUCAAAUAUUUUUUGAAUUGUGACAGGUAUAAGAGCUUUAUUUAAUAUUUUGUGGAGAAAACUGAACUAUCGGGUCUACAUGAAUCUUUCAACUGCAUGUCAUCCAUUUUCUCUAUUUUGAUAAUUUAAUGGAAUCUCUUUUUUUGAAUAAAAAUUCUAUGUUUUGUGGCAAUGAAAAUGCAAAAUUAUUCGAUAAAAUAUCAAUAGAGUUUGUUCAGUGUUACAAAAAAUUCGUUCUUAUUACAGCUCCAAAUAUUGAAUAAUGUGAUCAAUGUUUUCCAUAUGAUUAGUUUUAUUAUAACAUCAAGCAUCCUGCCGCUGUAAUUAUAAUGUAUCCAAAUAUUUCUGAUGAUUCUAUAUGAGAAUAUCAAUGAUUAGAUGUACGAUGGUCAAAAAUUGGAGUGAUCACUUCGAAUCUAUGUAUAUUAAUAUGAUCACUGAAUGUUCGCAUCAGACAAUUUGGUCGGCUCCAUGUAUUCAUGUACGCAUUAUUUUUUCCAAAUAAUCAUGAAAACUCGAUUGUCGUACAGAAUGAUACGAUUUGUUGAGGCUGUUAUUAAAUUCUACUCGUUUUGCUCUCGUUAGAGACAUUUCGAGUGUUUGCGUCGUGCUAAAGAAAUGUCGAUGAGAUUAAGACCUCGCUAAUUGUAAAUUACUUAACUACGCUCCGAAGAAUAAGUAAGUGACAAACUGAUUACGGCGUAGGACAAGUGCUUUUUAUUUUAUACUUGUUUUUUCUCUUGUAAACACUUCCCGCUCGACGGUUAAACGCAGCGAAAAAAAAUACAUAUUACAUCUCCAAAUUAUGGAGAUUAAAGCGGAAGGCGUGGCGAGGUGCAAUGAGACGUAUACGACAAGUUAUCUUAGUAUUAUAUAUACACAACAUUGUAAAUAUAGUAAAAAUAUCGACGUGAUAGGGCAUAUUAUUCUGAAUUAUUACUGCAAUUAUCAUUACUCGAUUCGCGCAGAUGCGAUAGAGCUAUCGGCUGCUCUUGUUCACAGAUUGUUCGGCUUUUAACGAUGCUUGCAACGCAUCGCAAUAACAUUUAACGAGACUGUACGCGCAAGUUUGUGAUCUUGCUUUCAAAAUGAUAUUUUUAAUGAAAUUUCGGCAUUCGUUAUUGUUUUAGUUUGAAGAAUCUUAUAUUUGCGCGAAAACCAAUUUCUGAAAGCUCUUAUUUGUUGUGACAGAAUCUUUGAAUGUUUUCAUCUGCAUUAAAACAGCCGAGACAGAAUUUUAUAUUUAAAAAAGUGAUUUGUGUAGAAAUAAAAAUUGCUUUCUAAAUAAACAUAAGUGCAAAUCUUUAUUGCAAUGUGUAUCGUUGAUAUUAAUUACAAACUCGCGAAAAAUUUAUUCAUAACUGAAAAUCAUUAUUCCGGCUCUUCUAAUGUUAAGAUGAUGGCAAAACUCUUCUAUGAUUCUGCUAUUGAGAAAAGAGCGAUAUAUUAAUAUGCGCAACGAGAAACUAGUCUUUCUUGUCUUUGCGUUUAAGACGGAGAUCACACAGGAUCGCGUUUGCAGAUGCAGACACUUAUGAUAUAAUAAUUUCUUUCCCAGAAGGGCAUUGAGCAAUUUACUUUAUUAUUUCUUUUUUUAAUAAAUCUGAGAUAAAACAAGGAGCAUCGUUCGUCGCGCUUCGAGAUGCAACUUGAUUCUCUCAGAGAUGAAUGUUUCAAUGAUGAAUGCAAGAAGUCAGCGUACAUUUUCAUAUAUUACAUUCUUGAAGAAUUUUACGGCACGCUACAACUAUACAUUGUUCUGUUGUUGUCAUCGAAACGUAAGUUUUGUAAAUAAAGUAUACGUCUAAUAACAAUAAUAACAAUAAUAAUAUUAAUAACAACAACAAUAAUGAUA